AUGAAUUAUUUAUACUGCAUACUUUUUAUUUACCUUUUACCUUUGUCAACAUGUAUACAACCUUUACGAACAUAUGAAUUCGGGGAUAAUUAUGGUUAUGUGACAUUUGAUCGAGCAGGAAAUAUUGGUAUAUUGGAGAAGGUCGUUAAAAUACCCAUUGUUCUACCUCCUUGCAAGAAAUUAACCUACGUACGUGUUGAUAUCGACAACUUGAUUUCGACUCCUGAAGUAACUUUUGAUAAGAGCAUGUCCACCGUGACCAUCUCAUACGCACGAGUUUCAUAUAGCAAAUCGAGAUACUGGGUCACAGCUAAAUCUAUCCCAGAUGUCCACUGCUUACUGAAGCAUCAAGGA